UCUAACUAAAAUUACGGAGCACGGGAGUCAUAGACACUUCCAAAGAUUACACUAUCUGAACUAUAUUUGAAAUUACAAGGUCUCGAAGUCAUAACAUAGUAUUUCUUAUAACUGUUAUCAACUCUGUGAACUAGAGGUAAAUAGGAUUUCGUCUGUACAAAGGUUUCAAAAACUUCCACUCACAACCAUCUAACAUGGUUUCGAAUACUAAGGUUUUAUGGUUCUUAUCUUCGAAAAAACUCGGUUUGAAUAUAUUUUCAAUCAUUCGGAGAUUUUCAUCUGAUAAUGGCGUGAUCAUUCAAGAAAUCAAUGAUAAAGGAAUACUCAUUUUCAACAGACCAAAAGUGCACAACGCUAUAAACAGUGUCAUGAUGGCAAAUUUUUACGGAGCACUCAGAAAAUUUGAAAACGACAAAAAGAAGCUUCUCAUAGUAAAAGGUUCUGGGGGAAGAGCAUAUUGCGCAGGAGGUGACCUAAAAGCACUCACGAAAGAUGGAAGAAAUGAUGGUGGUGAAAAACAUGAAUUACUGAAAUACUCGAACGCUUGUAUUUUAUGGAUGUCUGCCAGAAAAAUUCCCAUUGUCGCAUUAGUCCAUGGAAUUACUCUUGGUGGCGGAGUUGGUCUGGCUGUGUUCGGAAAAUAUCAAGUAGCCACCGAAAAUACUUUGUUGGGGAUGCCAGAAUCGAAAAUUGGUUUUCACCCGAAUUGUGGGGCAUCGUAUUUCUUUACUCGACUAAAUGGCCGACUGGGUUGGUAUCUUGGUCUAACUGGUCAGAAUAUUAACGGUGCAGAUGCUGUGAGGAUCAGUCUGGUUUCCCAUUACUGUCAUAGCAGCAAAUUACCAGCACUAGAAAACCAAUUGCUCAAGUGUGCUAAUGAGACUGAAGUAGCUAAUACUUUAGAUGAAUUUUGCGAAAGCGACAUACCAGAAUUUUCUCUAGGGCAUGCGAAAAACACUAUUGAUAGAUGCUUCUCAGCUUACUCUGUAGAAGAAAUUCUAUCGAGGUUAACAGAAGAUGGAUCGACUUGGUCCAAAAAUACGAUUGAAACUUUGACUAAACUAUCACCAACCAGCUUGAAAGUAAUACUGAAGCAACUUAAUAAGGCCAAAGAAAUGACUCUUAGAGAAUGUCUAAUAAUGGAAUACAACUUAACAAAUAACUUUUGGAAGUCAGACGAAACACAUGAAGGAAGGCGGCUAGUUCAGUAUUGCCAUGGUUCCAUAUAAUAAAGGUGUCGUCAACGUAUCUCAUCCAGACUCGGGGUUUCUUGUGGGAUGAUGCUUCAAUGGCCAGAGUUUCCAACCACUCCAUAUAUAUGUUGGCUAUAACUGGUGAAAUUGGCAAUCCCAUUGGCAGUUCUUCAU